GACAACACUGCCGAAUACGUGGCCCCGAAGUUCUGUGAUUAGUGGGACUUGUUUAUAUUUUUUAUUGUGUAAAUUCUAUAUAAAUCUCCUCGGAAGCCGAUAUUCGGCACUCAAGUACAAUGAUGAAUCCGCAAUAUCCACCUCCAGGACAGAACAACAACGCACCCAACAACCCCAUGUUUCCACCUACUUCUCAAGACUACAAUGGAGUCCAGAAUGCAAACAUCUAUAGCCAGAUGCCACCUAAUGGACCCCAGAUGCAACAGAAGCCAUUUGACCCAAUGGACAUGUCGCAAAAGAUGCAUAACAUGAACUUAAAUGGACCUCAAGGGUUCCAGUCCAUCCCACCUACCCAGUUACCCCCUGGUCAGGCUCCACCUGGCCAGUUCCCCCCUGGAGGAUUCCCACCAUCAUCUAACUAUGGUCCAGGACAGCUUCCACCUAGCCAAGCACCCCCUGGAAUGCCUGGUAGACCUCCAGUGAGUGGUGCCCCACAGUUUCCUCCGAUGGGCCAGAAACCACAGAUGCCACCUUCCCCAGCUCCUGGUCAGGUGCCAACAUCCCUUCCUUCUGGUUAUGGCAUGCCACCGCAAAGUCAAACACCUGAUCAGAACAGGCAGUUCCAACCUCCUACUUCUAUGCAGCAGAGGCCACCAAGUGCACAACCUAGUCAACCACCUAUGGGACAGCAACCUGGGAUGCAAGGACCUGGUCACAUGCCACCUCACUCUCAGCCUGGUCUCCCUCCCCAUUCCCAACCUGGUAUCCCUCCUCACUCCCAACCUGGUCUCCCGCCUCAGCCUGGUAUGGGUAGACCAGGAAUGCCCCCGCAAGGAGGAAUGCCGCCACAAGGAGGAAUGCCGCCACAAGGAGGAAUGCCGCCACAAGGAGGAAUGCCGCCACAAGGAGGAAUGCCGCCACAAGGAGGAAUGCCCCCACAAGGUGGAAUGCCCCCACAAGGAGGAAUGCCACCGCAAGGAGGACAGCCACCUAAACCGGGAAUGCCUCCGCAGCCUCAGAUGGGCGGUCCUCCUGGUAUGCAGUCAGGUCCACCAGGAAUGCCUCCUCAGAUGAAUAUGGGUCAACAACAGCCUGGUAUGCCACCACAACCGAAACCACCUGGAGUACCUGGACAGCCUGGUCAGCCUGGACAGAUGCAAAGACAGCCUGGCAUGCCUCCUCAGCCAGGUAUGAUGUCGGCGCAAAUGCCGCAGCCUGGCCAACAACAGCAACUAGGUCUUAAUCAACAACAGCCGGGCAAGAUGCCUGGACCUUCACAACCGGGGCUACCACCAGGACAACAGAUGCCCCCACAACCCGGACAGAUACAAGGGCAACAACCCGGGAUGCCUCCUCAACCUGGACAAAUGGGACAACCUGGAAUGCCACCUCAGCCUGGCCCAAUGAGCCAACCUGGAAUGCCCCCGCAGCCUGGACAGUUGAGUCAGCCGAGAAUGCCACCACAGCCUGGCAUGCCGCCCCAACCAGGUCAAAUGUCACAGCAACCGGGUAUGCCACAGCAACCAGGUAUGCCUCCACAACCCGGUCAAAUGCCACCAAUGCCUGGACAGCCUGGUAUGCCACCGCAACCUGGUCAGAUGCCUGGCCAGCAAGGGCUGCCUCAACAGCCUGGUUUUCAGAGUCAGUUCCAAGGACAAGCUCAGCCAAUUAGUGGUAUGCCCCAUAUGCCCCCGCCACUAUCCCAGCAGCGUCAGUACCCUGCACAACCUGGGUUUGGACAGCCGGGACAGCAACCUGGUGCUCAGUAUCCAAGCAUGCCACCGAUACCAAAUCAGUUGCCGCCCCAGCCACCAAUGCCAGGUCAACAACAGCGUGGUUUCCAACAACCAUCGUCUGGCUAUCCACCUCAGUACCCUGGCCAGCAGCCCUACCCUGGACAGCAACCUUACCCUGGCCAACAGUACCAGCAACAGCCUGAGCAGAAGAGAUUGGAUCCUGACCAGAUGCCAAGCCCUAUCCAAGUGAUGGCAGACGAUCAGCAGAACCGCGGCGGUAUCUUCGUCACCAACGAGAAGGGGCUGGUCCCUCCCCUGGCCACCACCGACUUCGUUGUAGACGAUAAAGGAAAUGCCAGUCCUCGUUACAUCAGGAGUUCAAUGUACACGGUGCCAGUGACUGCGGACCUGCUGAAACAGACAUCUAUGCCAUUCUGCUUAGUUCUGUCCCCGAUGGCAGAGACUGUAGGGUCUGAGCAGGAGCCCCCUCUGCUAGACUUUGCAGCCCUGACAGGGUCCCCUACGAUGGGCCCGGUGCGGUGCAGUCGGUGCAAGGCCUACAUGUGUCCGAAUAUGAAGUUUGUGGAUGCUGGGAGACAUUUCAAGUGUGCCUUCUGUAAGGCUACUACUGAAGUCCCGAUGGAGUACACCCAGUACAUAAACAGUAUGCAGCAGUACGGCCGGGUGCCGGCAGAGAUGGCGCUCGGCGCGUACGAGAUAGUCGCCACCAAGGAGUACUGCAGGAACAACACGCUCCCGAACCCGCCGGCCGUGGUGUUCGUCAUCGACGUGUCGUACAACGCCAUCAAGAACGGACUCGUACACACCAUCUGCGACAACAUCAUGGACAUCAUCGAUGCAAUGCCCCGUGACGAGCAGACAGGCAAGAGUUGGACCCGCGUGGGAUUCAUCACAUACAGCUCUACUGUACACUUCUACAAUAUCAAGGGUACCCUAGCCCAGCCGCAGAUGCUGUCGGUGGGCGACGUGGGCGACAUGUUCGUGCCCCUGCUGGAAGGGUUCCUGCAGCGCGCCGAGGACUGCGCGACCGUCCUGCAGGCCCUGCUGCAGCAGCUGCCCAGCAUGUUCCAGGACAACAAGGAGACGGAGACCAUACUGCUGCCUGCUGUACAGGCCGGUCUAGAAGCCCUAAAAGCAGCGGACACGUCAGGCCAGCUACUAGUAUUCCACACCUCCCUGCCUACUUACAACGCGCCUGGGAAGCUCACCAACAGGGAGGAUCGCAAACUGCUCGGCACUGACAAGGAGAAGCAAAUACUCAACCCUCAGACGACAGCCUAUAACGAACUAGGCCAGUCUUGCUGUGCAGCCGGAGUGAGUGUAGAGUUGUUCCUGUGUAACAACUCAUACGUGGACGCGGCCACCCUGGGACAACUGCCUCGUCUUACCGGGGGACAACUACACAAGUACACGUACUUCACUGCGGAGAUGGACGGCCCACGCCUCGUGUGGGACGUGCAGCGCGUGGUGUCACGCCCCACGGCGCACGACGCCGUUAUGCGCGUGCGCACUUCCACCGGCGUACGACCCACCGACUUCUACGGACACUUCUUCAUGGCCAACACCACCGACGUCGAGCUCGCCGCCAUCGACGCAGACAAGGGUAUAGGCAUAGAAAUAAAACACGAUGACAAGCUGACGGCGGAGGAUGGAGUCUACAUCCAGGCGGCACUACUGUACACGGCCAGGUGUGGACAGAGGAGGCUCCGGGUACUGAACCUGGCACUCAACGUAGCGCACCAACUCGCUGACGUCUACCGCAGCAUGGAACUCGAUACUUGCAUCAACUUCCUCACCAAGCAAGCGGUGUGGGCGCUGCGCGAGCACCCCCCGCGGCAGGUGCGCGAGUCGCUGUCGCAGCGCUGCGCGCGGUCGCUGGCGGCGUACCGGCGGCACUGCGCGUCGCCGUCGUCGGCCGGCCAGCUCGUGCUGCCCGAGCCCAUGAAGCUGCUGCCGCUGUACUGCAACUGCGUGCUGCGCGGCGACGCCGUGGCGGGCGGGCCCGACCUCACCUGCGACGACCGCGCCGCCGCCAUGUUCCGCGCGCUGGCGGCCGACGUGCCCGCGUCCAUAGUGUACACGUACCCGCGCCUGCUGCCGCUGCAGCGCCUGCAGGACGCGCCGCCCGCCGCGCUGCAGCCGCUGCGGGCCUCCGUCGACAAAAUGAACGACCACGGCGUUUAUCUACUCGAAAACGGCGUCCACAUGCUCCUAUGGGUAGGAUCGCAAGCGAGCCCCGAGUUCGUCCGCGACGUGUUCGGCGUGCCGUCCCCGCAACAGAUCGACACGCAGGUCUGCGAGCUGCCCGUCCUCGACUCGCGCGCCAACCAGAGCGUCAGGGAACUCAUCGAGGAUACGCGCAUCAAACGACGAACUGCUAUGAGGCUAACAACAAUGCGACAGCACGACAAACUGGAGGCGGUGUUACGUCACUUCUUGGUGGAGGACCGCGGUGGACGGGAGCUCCUCCUACGUGGACUACCUGUGCCACAUCCACAAGGAGAUCAGAGCGUUACUAUAGCAUCUGUACGGACAUUACUAAACCGUGGACACACUUUAACAUGGACUCUCAUUUUGUACCGAACUUCUAUUAGUGUUUCUGCUAUGAUUAGUGCUCUUUUGGCGGCGCUGGUGUAGCUUAAAGUCGCUUAGGACAUAUACCUAUAAAAGAAUAAGUGUUGGUUUUGACUUUAAACUACAUUACGUGCCUUAGUGGCGUUAAAAAAUAUUUCAAAAAAGUGUAUUAUAAAUAAAAUUGUUGCUAAUACUAAAAUCGUUGUAAUAGAUCUUUGACGGCUUUGCUAGUCAAAGCAAUAUUGGGGGUUUUGAGAAAUUGUCAGUUUUAGUAUGAGAUUAAAUGACAUAACUGGCUGAGAGUGUACUGAGUGCAUUACUGCCUAUCCUUUAAAUGCGUUAUGUUAAAGAAGUACUUAGUAAAAAAAUAUAUUUCAAUCUCUCUUUCGCACUUGUAGUUUUAAAUUGGAGUAAGAGAGAAAGAAUAUGUUAAUCUCACUCGGUUUUACAGUCUCUUGAAAAAUCUAUGAAAUGUAUUUAAAUAAUUAGAGAUUUAUCAGAGAUGAUUUGGGAGGAGACAUGUAAAACUGGUUUUCAUGUUUAAAAAAAUUAGCAUUGUUAAAAUUUUAAAUUAAUUUAUUUCGUACAAUCGUUUUGGGUUAACUUGGACCUAAGGAACGCAGACUGUAUAAAUACUUUGGACAUAUUGUUCUAGUCUCUGCCUACUCCCAUAAGAAAAAGGCUUGGUGAGAUCAUCGACAGAAUAAGAAGAAUGUAGCGGGUUUGAUUCUCUAUUCGUGUGUGUGUACCUAUGGUUAGAUUUUACCCAAAAUAACUGUAUAUUUAAUAAAUUGUCGCAAUAAUUAUAUAUGUAAAUAAAUUCUCGUAUAUAUGUUUGUAUGUAAAGUUAAACAAAGUAAGUAAACAUGUAAAGUACCCACAUUCCUCCCUUGUACAGUUAUCAAAUAAAUAUUUUCAUUCUAAAAUUCAUGUUUUUGAAAAAACUACUAAAACAGAUUUUCUACCAAAAUCAGGGUUGCCAGUUGAAAUGUGAAUAUUAAAUGUGGGUUUUGGUGAUGGUCCAAUUUAGGCUUCCAGAAUAUCUGUAUUUACUGUUACGAUGAGUCGGUAUAGUAAUUACAGUCUUAAAGCUAAGGUAAUAAGGUUGCUUUUACAACAAAUGUUAUUAAUGUCACUGAUUGAAGUAGUUAUAGGCUCCUAGUGGCUAGAGGACCAUUAAUAGCUUUGAAGAUUAGUCUCCUGCAAUAAACGUCUUUAUGCAAUCGAUUAUAAGGUGCAAAUUCGUUUAACAGCCGUUUUCAAGUUGUCGUUUUUGUCCUAUCUGACUAUUAACGUCCAAUUAUAGCAUUUAUUAUAUUAAUAGUGAAUAUUAUUAUCCUGACAUACUUAAAUAGGGUAGGCAGAAGUGUACUUGUAUGCUUAGAAAAUUAGGUUUUACUAUAAGAAGUUAAUAAAUCUAUAGUGUUAUGAAAUUACACCUGAAUUUUGAUUGUGUAUCUGUAAAAUGUACACGUUUGCCUACCUGUACGUGUAAAAGGUACAGUGGCCAGCAGGUGAACCUAUUCUUUUCUGUUUUUCGAUUUUCAACUCUAUCGCUUAGAUAUGAAAUCGAAAAUACAAUGACGAAGUGGAAGUGGGUUAUGUGCUGGUCACUGUACAAUGAAUAGAAAUAGUAAUAGGUUUUCGUUUUGUUCUCAAUAGAUGGCGCUGGUGAUGAUAACGGUAGUGUAAGUGUUGAAGUUAAGUUACCAAUGGCUUAACCCACUUGUCUGUCGAUAUUUGAGACACAAUAGAAAACAAUGUUUCGCGUAGUUCUGCGUGCCGACUCUUCACAGGUUAAUUAAAGACAAAGCUAUUGGAUAAUGGUUCUUAAGCCCAAGAGUUAAUUCAUCAUCGAUGAGUAUUUUACUCUUGUACUCUUUUCGCAAUUAACUCGUCGAGUACCGGUUUUGCAGACACAAUUAUAGAACAAUAGGUUGCGGUCACCGGUGACCGCUUGGUGUUUGACAGUUUAAUUUAAACUCAAACUCAAAAGCAUUUAUUUUAUCUAAACCAUAAUUUUUAACUUGAAUCGUCAACGAAUAUAAAAGAAAUAAUAGUCUGUCAGUCUGUCCGUCAGUGAAGCUAGGCGCUCGUUCCAAUGGCUGUGUCUGUUCAUAUAUAUUAACUAGACAAAUUCGGUAGUUUCAUGGUUAGUUUCUCCUGUAAAUCUUGGCUUACAGGAAUUGUAACGAUUGAAAAUAACCAAUGGUAACAUUAGCACGUAGUGUAUAAGUAUCAGUGAACUUAAAAUCACACUAGCGCCCUCUAUAGGAGAGUAUACAUACAAGAACCUUUUACUAAAGUUAUUAAAAGAUUCGUUACUAUACUUUAAUAAAGUCUUUGAGGUCAGUGACCUCUAGGCAAAGCAAUGUACGUUAAAACUUGAAAAGACUUAACUUUGUACAGUUAAUACUUGUUUUUCAUUAAUUUUUAUAUGCAAGGUGAUUUUUUUCCAAGAAAACUUACCUAUAUUAAUUUCAUUUGGUUUUAUUUUCAGUGUAUUACAGCAUUUUUAACCCUACAUUUUCAUCAAAAAUCGCCCUGUGUAUAAAAAAAAAACUAGCUCAUACAAGACUUGACGAUGAAUGCAUCGCAGUGUAAGAUCAAAAGAUCAUACACUUCCAAUAAACAACUUAUUCACGUCUCUAUCAUAAAGGUCAUAAGGUCCAAAUUACAUUCGUUCUUGAGCAGUAACUGUCCUUCUCACACAACUGUAUUCUUAAUGUGUGAGAAAGAGAUAAGACUACUUAGCCUAAGCACGUACUAUGUUUGACCUUAAGUAAUUCUCCGAUUAUGAAAGUCAAUUUAGAUAUGGUUUUCUACUUAAAAUAGGGAGUUAAUUAUAUUAUAUUAAACUUACAUAAGUUUGGGAUCGAACCUGAGACAUUUCGAAUAUAAGAACGAUCGAGUCAUCUUCCAAUGUAAAUUAAUUUUAAGUAUAAUUAUUACGUUCUACAUUGGUUUGAAUUAAAAUACAUCAAUAAAAGUAUUUAAUUUUCCAAAAAGUUAAUUUUCAAAAUUACCAUGUUUAAAAAAAUAUUAAAAAUUAUAUUUUCCAGUAGUGUGCUAGUAAUACUAGUAGCUCAAGUGUUGCUACACGAAAAAAUAAAUUUAAAAAUUAGUAGAAAUGUAAUUUUCUCUAUAUGUAAGUUGUUUUUGUUUAAUCAGAGAAGUUGUUUCCUACGAUAUUAAAGCUAGAAAUAUGUUUAUUUGAUUGUAUUUUAUAAUGUAAAUAAAAUAUGGCAUUAUUUAACC